AGAGUUCGGGACGCGUGCGGUCUCCGGCGGUUCAGCGCUUACUCCGGCCACUCCAACGCUCGCCCAAAAGCGAGACGUACCGCAGGGCCAGCAUUAUAUACUCCCUCUGCAUCUCGCCGUAUAGCUGGCCUAUAUUUUCGUCUCAACUUCUGCUAUGAGCGACUCCUUCGCUGAGCUCUGGAAUUCGACUGGAGCAUCCAAGCCCGCGGAGCCUCCGCGCAAGCUCGGCUCCCUCGCAGGCGCAUCGCCAGUUACUGCAAAGCCGCAGCAUGAUGCCUUUACGAUGCUAGCGUCCGCAGGGUCGACCCGCUCGAAUACCCCGAUGGCGACCGGCGGGUCGAUGAAGUCCUCACUAUCGCUCAGAGCUAACGUGUCUUCGUCCAGCCUGUCCGCUAAACCGGUUCAGAAGGCUGCUAGUGCGGGGAACGAUGCGUUUAGCGGCUUGUUCAGGGACGCGCUCCCGCCUGGCUCGAAUGCGGACAAUACGAAGAUGACGAUUGCUGAGCGGGCGGCGCAGGCGGAGAGGGAGCGGAGGGAGCAGUUGCAACGACAGCAGCUGGUGGCUAAGCAGCAGGCUACUGCGUGGGCAGGGCUAGAUUCGUUAGGAAAUUCCUCGUCCGCAAGACCUGCGUCCGCUCUUACGCCCACACAGAGCAAGGGCGAUGACUGGGCUUUCGACCUCGCACCCUCUACGUCGUCUGCGCCUAGCAAGCCCGCCGCUCCUCCGCAGGAUAACUGGGGUCUGGAAGAAUUCGUCUCUCAGCCAGCGUCGCCGAAGCCUACUCCCUUGCAGCAGUCACAGUCUUUGCUAGAUCUGGACGAGUUCACGUCUCCGUCUGCUGUGCAAGCUUCUAGGCAUUCGCCUGAGCCAUUGCGGUCUAAUACGCCAGGAGACUUUGACUUUGGUGAGCGGGAAGAUGGGCUGCUCGAUGACACUUCCGAUACCGAGGAUGACAUACUCGGAGAGCUCGGUAAGCCUGUUACUGAGCGAUCACAACCGAGUCGGCCUGCCUCCAUUACCGCCUCCGCUCAGUCUUCCAAAUCAGGCCCACCAUCUCGAGCCGUAUCACCACCUCCACAUAUCCUCGGCCAGAUCGUCGAAAUGGGCUUCUCAAUACAACAAGCUCGGAUCGCACUUGCCGCAACAGAUACGGGACUCGACGUGCAGGCAGCACUGGAGACACUACUUUCAAACGGAGCAGGGUCAGAGACUCCUCCUCCAGACCGACCGUCCCAGGGAAGACAGACUGCCCAGCGCGAACCUGGCUACGACCGCUAUUACUCGUCUGACGAGGAUCAUCAAAGUCCUACCUCUGCAACGCCUGUACGCGGGCCUACCCGUUCUCGAACUCAACCGCGUAACGGCGCUCCGCCCUCCCGCACCCGCGAGCCUUCCAAUCGCGCCGACGCCUCCCCUUCCGGCGGCCCAAGCGAGGCGCAACGCAACAUACAAGAACAAGCAGACAAGCUGCUCGCUCAGGCAAGCGAGAUUGGGAUAAGCAUGUUCAAUCGCGCGAACGCAUUUUGGAAGGAAGGCAAGGAGAAGGCGCUGCGCGCGUAUGAGGAGCGCGCAGCUGUAGCAAGGACGGAGGCAGCGGCGAGCAGGAGUAGGCGACCGCGGUGGAUGCAGGAAGUGGCGGAUGGUGCGGAGCACGAGGAGGGGUGGGCGAACGGGGCGAGUGCUGGGUUCGAAGACAGUCAUGAGCAUGGAGAGGAGGUGCUCCCACCGAAGCCGAAGACGCGGACUCGUCGGUCUCCGCCGCGUGAGCAAGAGCCUCAGAUGUCGAGGGCGGCUGCGUUCAAGGCGGGGAAUCUCAUUUCAGAUGAGAUGACAGCCGUAUACAGCUCUCCAUUCCGGCGGAAAACGCCUGCGCGCAGUCAGGUAGCAACACCCACCGAGCCUGUCGCCUCCUCGUCCGUGUCCAUAUUCACGGCUCCAGCCCCGCCACGCACGCCCUCCCCCAUCCCGCUCAUCACGCGCAAGACCGUUCCCGCGUCGCCCGCAGCCAUCGCCGCCUCCGCGAAGCACAAAGCCGCGGGCACAGAGAUGUUCAAGCUCGGGCGGUACGCAGAGGCCGAGACGCUCUACUCGCGCGCGAUCGCCGCGCUGCCCGCGGCGCACCUCCUGCUCGUGCCUCUGUACAACAAUCGCGCGCUCGCGCGGAACAAGAUCGGCGACUAUGCGGGCGCGAUCGAGGAUUGCUCGGCGGUGGUGGAGAUUGUGGGCAUGGGGUAUAGGCCGGAGAGGGAGAGGAGGGUGGAGAGGGAGGAGGAGGGCGCGGGGGUGGAUUUGGGCGAGGGGCUUGUGAAGGCGCUGUGGAGGAGGGCGGAGGCGUAUGAGGGGCGGGAGAGGUGGGAGGAGGCGAGGAAGGAUUGGGAGGCGGUUGCGGGGGUGGAGUUUGCGGGGAAGGUGAGGGUGGAGGCCGUCAAGGGUGUUGGGAGAUGCAAGAAGAUGUUGGCGGCCAACGCAAACGGGGAUGCGCACGCUCCCGCGUCGACUGGCACAGCUGGAUCGUCCGCAUCUCGCUCGAAUCCGAAACCCGCUCCUCAUUUUGCAAAGCCGCCGCGAGUUUCUGUGCCCACUGAGGCGCUCAAUAGGGUGCGCGAGGCGAACCGGGUGGCGGAGGCGGAGGACCAGGCGCGGCUCGAUCUGAAGGACGUGGUGGAUGCGAGGCUCGUGGCGUGGAAGAAUGGGAAGGAGAGCAACAUACGCGCUCUCAUCGCCAGCCUGGACAUGGUGCUGUGGCCAGAGCUUGAGUGGCAGAAGGUCGGGAUGCACGAGCUGGUGACGCCGGCGCAGGUGAAGGUUAGGUAUACGAAGGCGAUCGCGAAGCUGCAUCCGGAUAAGCUGAAUGUGAAUAAUACGACGCUAGAGCAGAGGAUGAUUGCCAAUGGGGUGUUUGGAUCUUUGAAUGACGCUUGGAACGCUUUCAAGCAAUAGACAGACAAUAAUUUAUACGCACUGAUGAUGUAUUCCCACUGGAAGAGCUGUCUUGCAUGUUCUUUGACUGGGUUAGACUUUGUAUUCGAGGGUCCUGUUUGAACUAGGGAGUCUGCUUCGGGCAUGGCUC